CCAAACUGUAUUCAAGCUUUAAGGACGCCUAGGGCUUCAAAUUUCCAUUGCCCCACAGUGCCCACACCCUACCGGCCACCACCCUUUCUGCCCUUCCCUCUCUUCCUCUCUCUGUGCUCAGGCAGCGAUACAAGAGCUCUUUGCGGCCGUGUUAUCGUUGUUCAAUCCCUGGUACUCCUUCUCUUUGGGUGAUUGAUAAAGAACAUGCAGUAUUUCGGUGAUUACGGAAUGUAUUAAGAGCAGUUCUCCUGUGGAUAAGAAUUAGUUGUCAGAAUGGGGAGGUCCAAGAAGCUGAAAAACAAGGUCAAGGGAGGAGGUUCUUCAAUUAAGAAAGGAAAAAUCAUUAAGCAGAACACUCAUCAAAAGAGCUUCAAUACAACAAGUGCAGCAAAUGUAAUUAGCAAUAAGAAGGAAGAAACACAUGUUCAAAGCCAUGAGGCUAGCACUAGUGGAAAAAUUGCGGGCCUAAUCUUCAUGUGCAAUUCUCAAACAAAGCCAGAGUGUUUUCAGUAUCGUGUCUUUGGUCUUCCUAAAAGUAAGGAAGAAGUAGUGUUGCAAAUUAAACGAGGUGCAAGGCUCUUCCUUUAUGACUUUGAUUUGAAGCUUAUGUAUGGAAUAUACAAGGCUUCAUCUGACGGUGGGAUGAGUUUGGAGCCAGAUGCUUUCGGUGGAAAAUUCCCUGCUCAGGUGAAGUUUAGAGUAGUGAAGGAUUGUCUUCCUGUGCCAGAAAGUACCUUCAGAGAUGCAAUCAAGGACAACUAUAUCGCCAAGUUCAAAUUUAAUCCUGAGCUCAAUGCACAGCAGGUUGAAAAUCUCCGUAAAUUGUUCCGACCUAUCCAAGAGAAACGGCUGGCCCCUGCACAAGCAGCAGUGCCAGUGCUGGUGCCAACAGCAGCAGCAGCAUCUCUUAUGGGGCCUAGGACUGUAGUUCCAAUUACUCCAGCUGCAGUAGCACAAUGCCCUCUUGACAGGGUGUCUAGGAGUGUCAUUCCCGUGCAUUCUGCUGCAGUUGCACCAGCAUCUUUUGAUAGGAUACCUAGGACUGUAAUUUCCGAUACUGUUGCAACUCCUCCGCAUUAUCACAUGGAGAAUCAGCACCAUGGUGAACCGAUGAUGCUUGUGCCACAUCCAAAGGACCGACAAUAUCCUGUGGCUAGGCAUCGAGAGCUGCUUGGUCCUUUGCCACCACUGCCCCCUCCACAGGGUUCUCGCUAUCCCAUCGAGACUAAUCAUACGAUCCGAGGUGAUAUCACCAGGGUGCUUCCUGAAAGAGUUCCAUACCGGUCCGUUCUGCAAGAUCCGGUAUAUGCAGCUGCAGACAUGGCCCCUCGCGACCGUGUUUAUUAUGAAAGAGAGUAUCAGGCAGCACCUCAUCUGGAAUAUGCUGAUGAUUUGCAUCUUUCCAGGCCUGUUGGGGCACGGUUGCCUGUUGCAUAUGAGAAGCGUCUUUACAGUGGGGUAACCUAUGGGGAUUCCAGCAUCCAUCUGCCCGUAGCAUAUGAUCGGCCUGCUUACCGUGGAGCUGAUUAUAGAGACACAGCACGUUUGUAUGGUGAUCUUGGAUCUGAAAGUGCAACGAUUCCAGUUUCAUCUAGGUACUCCUUUGCAGGCUCUCUUCCUUACUACCAAUGACAAGCUGCAUCUCAAAAGUAAAUUUUGUUUUGAUAUACAUGGACGCUGCUGUUAGUUCCAAUACAGUUUCAACGGGAAUGUGGUUUCCUGCACUACUUAUGAUUUAGCACACAGUUUAUCUUGUAGUUGAUGCAAAAUUCCAAAUUCUUGUCUUGGUCGAUGCAAAUUGCAGUUUGUUUUC